UGUAAUCGUAAAUAUUUUAUAAGUUCGUUUGUUAUGAAUCAUCUGAUUCCGAAAGAUAUACUGAAAGGCUUCCUUAGCAGCUUAGAACUUGCUGGAUACACUUCUAAAACAUAUUGGCAGCAUGUCAACAGUGAGUGAUAAUGUGUUGUUCCAGUCAGAGACUACAAGGAAGUAUGAUAUUCCUCUCACUCAUCUAGAUUAUCCAUACAUAGAGAAAUGUACAGACACCAAAGAACUCGAGAGAAUACUUAGAAUCCUUAGAUCAGGUGAUGAAGGAUUUUAUCCAGAUUUAGAGACUUUUUGUGAAGAAAGGAUUGAGAAACUAAAUCCCAAGAGUCGUGUAUUGAGGAAAGAAGUGCCACUUGGCAGACCUGGAGAUCUUGCAAAAGAUGAAUGGAAUAAAAUAGAUACUGAUUUGAAGACGUGGGAGAUGGAUAUGAAAACUACAGAAUCCUCAAAGAAAAGAUACACUGAUAGUUUUGAUGAUCCAGAGUUACCUCCCAUUAGAUCAGGAUUUAUGAAUGGCACAAGUAAUCAGAGUACCGGUAAUGAGGCAGAUGCAGGAAAGAAAAGUAAAAGAGUUACACCAAGAGAUUAUAAGGAAUGGGACAAAUUUGAUAUUGAUAAAGAAUUAGAUGAUGUAGACAAGAAGGAUAAGAAGAAAGAAAAGAAACCUACCAAAUCAUCAACAGUUGUUCCACAAAUUGAUACUAACAUUAAUACUGCUGGAAUGACAGAUGAGGAAAAGAUGAUGAGAGCAGGAAAGGAAAAGGACAAAGGAAAUGAAGCAUUCAGAGCAGGAGACUACGAGGAGUCAAUAGCAUACUACACUCGUAGUAUAAAACUACACUCAACAGCUGCUUCUUACAAUAACAGGGCUAUAGCACAUUUGAAAAUAUCAGGGUGGACAAAUGCAGCAGAGGACUGUAAUCGUGUCCUAGAUUUGGAACCAGAUAAUAUCAAAGCUCUUCUAAGACGAGGAACCGCCUACAAAGGAAUCAAAGAGUUCAGUAAAUCUUUACAAGAUUAUAAACAAGUUUUACAAUUAGAACCCGAGAAUAAAAGAGCCCAGGAUCUUAUUGAAGAUUUAGCUAUUGAAGAAGAGAAACAUAAGGAAGAAAAGAGGAAACGAAAGGAACAGGGAAGAAGAAUGGUGAUAGAAGAAGUUGAUGAAGAAUCUGAUGAUGAAAUUGUUGUUGAUAAGAAACCAAAAGAGGGCCAAAAAAUUGUAAAUGGUCAUUUUGAUGGUGGUCAAAAGCCAAAAACAACAGAAAUUAUAAAAGAAAAGUCAGACAAUAUGAAAUUAGUAGACAGUGAAAAAAGCAUCAAAAGUGAAAGUAAGCAAGAUGUUAGCAAACAUGGUAAAGGUGUUGAAAAUGGACACAACAAGAGUAAAGAAAGUGCAUCUGUUAAAAAUAAUGAUAAAAAUAUUUGGAAAGAAGAAGAUAUUGUAGAAACUUCAGCUGUGUCUGAAACAAAUAAAAGUCAAAAUGAAAGUAGACUUCCUAAAAAUACCAGACAAGGAAGUAAUACUCAAACUGAAAAUAAAGUGGAUUUUCCCCUAACACAGACAGAAAGCACAGCUGAUAGCAGUGAAAGUAAAUCAGAAAUGGGAGAGACUAAGGAAAAGGAAAAAGAAUCCAGUAACAGUGGGAAAAAUAGGAAUUCAGAAACUGUUAAAACAGAAGAAACUAAUGGACACGUAAUUACAGAAAGACCUAAAUUUGUACAAGGACCUUUAUCCAAAGGUGUGGCAGAAUUGAGGGAGUCAGGAAAUACAUUUUUCCGUGCAGGUCAAUAUGGUGAUGCUAUUCUUAAAUACAAUGUGGCCAUUCAAAAAAUGGAAAAAGAGAAGACUGAUCAGAGAGUUAACAUCUCUCUCAUAUACAGUAACAGAGCAGCUUGUUAUUUGAAGACAGGGGAUUGCCCACAUGCUAUUAGAGAUUGUACAACAGCAUUAGAUCUGGUGCCUCACUCAAUCAAACCUUUGCUUAGAAGAGCCAAUGCAUAUGAAGUUUUGGAAAGAUAUCGACUAGCUUAUGCUGAUUAUAAACAUGUUCUUAGUAUAGACUCUUCAGUGGACAUGGCACUUCAGGGGUCUGCCAGGUGUUCAAAACAUUUGAUAGAAGUUGAUGGUUCAAAAUGGAGAGAAAAAUUACCCAGGGUUUCUUCUGUUCAAUCAUGGGAAAUUCCAGAAAUAAUAGACAGUUCAGUACCAAUCACUAUAUCCUCUCAACCUAUCAAAACAUCUGUCACAACAUCAGCAUCUAGUCAGCCAAUCAACAACAGUGUUCCAUCUUCAUCUCAAAGUGUUAAAACAACAGAAAAGGUGAAAGAUAAAACACCAGAAGAGAAAUUUGAAGAAUUUAAGACGGAGGGUAAUUUAUAUGUCCAAAAGGGUGAAUACCAGAAAGCUGUGCCAUGUUAUACAAAAUGUAUUGAGAUUUUACCAAAAAAGGUUGUCAGUUUUACAAACAGAUCUCUGUGUUAUUUAAAACUUCAAAAGCCAACAGAAGCAGAAACAGAUUGUACAACAGCAUUGUCACUUGAUAAAGAUAAUGUGAAAGCUUUGUUUAGAAGAGCUCAGGCUAGAAAGAUGUUGAAGACCCACAAAGCCAGUUUAGAAGAUUUAAAUCAGCUGUUAAAAGUAGAUCCUAAAAAUUCAGCAGCUAAAAAAGAAAUGGAUUUAGUGAAGGCUUUAUGGAGAGAGGAACUUAAUUCCUUAAAGAAAGAGAUGGGAAAACCUGCAGAAAACAAGCCAAGGAAGAGGAUAGUUAUUGAGGAGACAGACUCAGAAUCUGAGGAGGAGGGUCCAACAGAGCAGCCUAAAGUAUCCAAAUCAACUAGUAGUUCCACGAAGGUAGACACAAAGGUUGAAAAACAGCCAGAUAAACAAGGGUCUUCUUCUAAACAGGAACAAAAACAGCCAGAUAAACAGGGGUCUUCCUCAAAGCAGGAACAAAAACAGCCAGAAAAACAGGGGUCUUCCUCAAAACAGGAACAAAAAAAGCCUCAUGAAACAAAGUCACAAGGGACAAAAACAGAUUCAGAAAAGUUGAAAGAGAAACAAAAGGAUAAGAAAUCAACACAGCCUUCUAGUAGGACAAAGUCAUCCACAAUCAAGCCAACAAGCUUUGGAUUGCCACAGUCUGUUCCUAAGCUAGAGAAAGCAACACCAUAUGAAUUCAUAACAGCCUGGAAUUCAUUAAAACAGUCGACAGAUUUACAGCCAUAUGCUGAUCUUUUGAGACAGAUUCCACCAACAGAACUCCCUAAAGUGAUCAGCAACAAAUUAGAUGGAGGAAUGCUGAGCAAAAUAGCAAAAUGUGCGGCUGAAAAGUUUACUGGGGAAGAUGACCUGUCAACAAGUUAUCAGAUUUUGAUGAACGUGAGCAAGGUUCCAAGAUUUGAUACAAUUGCCAUGUUCAUGUCUAAAGAAGAAAAGAAAGAUAUAGAGACAGUAUUGAAGAAAGUAGAAUAUGUAGGAGAUAUGGCCAGCAAAGAAGACAUCAAUGAACUCAGGAAAAAAUGUUCUUUAUGAUAAUUUCUGUAGUGUUUGCAUUUUUAAAGCCAAAUCUGGUUAUUGGAGAUUUUAACUUGAUUAAGACUUUCUUGCAUUGAUGUUUAUCUUUAUAUAAGUUAUGGCACCUCUAUGAUUAAAAAACAGAUAAUUUAUGAACUGAAGGUUGGAUAAAAUAUUGACAAUUAAAUCAGAUAUGUAACUGGCAAGAUGGAAGACAUGUGAGACUCUGUGAAUUUAAUUAUUUCAUUAGACAGUUUAUACAUGUAUUACUUAACAAUGUUAUAUGUCAUGAUAUUUUUACAUGAAGUAUUCAAAUUCAUUCUUUGUAAUGGCAUUAACUUAGACAAUGUGCACUUAUUUGCUUAGCAUAAUAUUGAACAUUUCAUGGAAACAAUUUAAAAAAAAAUCAUCUUUAAAAAUGGUUGUGUGAAUAUCUUAAUUUAA